UAAAAAAAACUCUCUCUUGAUUUGUCAAACGCGUGGCAUGUAUCUGCUCCACAAAAUUGUUAUCUAAAUUUCCGCCGGAUGAUUCGUUUGGAGCCCGGCAACGCAACUUCGCUCCUAUCUACUUCAAUGCACUCGAUCGAUCACUUCCCUGCAGGUAGCGUCGAGCAUAGUGCAGGCGGAUUUUCACCAUGAGCGGCAGCAAUCGGAAGCCCGUCCACUUCGUCCUGAUUCCCUUCCUUGCUCAAGGCCACAUGAUCCCCAUGAUCGACUUGGCCCGCGUCCUCUCCCUCCGCGGCGCCCUCGUCACCGUCGUCACUACCCCUGCCAACGCCUCCCGCUGCGCUUACGUUGUUGACCGCGCCAACGAGGCCGCCGGCGGCGACGAACCGCCGAUCCGACUCGUCGAGAUCCGCUUUCCCUGCGCAGAGGCCGGAUUGCCGGAGGGAUGCGAGAGCAUCGACCUCAUCCCCUCCGCCGAUCUCACCCACAAUUUUUUCACGGCGUUCGGGAUGCUGCGGGAGCCGCUGCUGCUCCACCUCCGGCAGCAGCGGGGCCGGCCCAAGCCGAGCUGCCUCGUCUCCGACUCCUGCAUACUGUGGACGGGCGACGUGGCUCGGGAGCUGCGAAUCCCUCGUUUGAUCUUCGAGUCGUCCUCCUGCUUCUACCUCCUCUGCAGCCACGCCGUGAGCGAGCUGGAGCACGCAGAGGACUCUGCUUCGUCGCCGUUCGAACCCCUCCUUGUGCCCGAGUUGCCUCACCGAGUAGAGACGGUGCGCGCCCAGUCGAGCAGGUUCUUCGACCUACCAGGGUUCAAGAGGUAUCGCGAGGAGUGGGUGGAGGAUCAAUCCUCUGCCCAUGGUUUCUUGAUCAAUACCUUCCGUGAAUUGGAGUCGCCGUAUCUCGAUGGAUACGAGAAGGCGGUCGGCAAGAGGGUUUGGCCCGUCGGCCCCUUUGCCCUCUGUUACAAGGACGGGGAGAAGGUGUCGAGAGGGAACCGGGUGGCGACCGACGUGGCCGACCGCAUCUUGAGAUGGCUGGACGCCAACGAGCCCGGGUCGGUGGUGUACGUCAACUUCGGGAGCCUGGUGAGGAACAGCCCGUCGCAUCUGCAGGCGGUGGGGCUCGGCCUGGAGGCAUCGAACAGGCCGUUCCUCUGGGCGGUGAAGCAGGAGGAGACGUCGGAGGAGGAGAUGGAGGCGUGGCUAUCCCUGUUUGAGGAGAGGACGCGGGCUCGUGGUCUGACGACGAGGGGGUGGGUGCCGCAGGUGCUCAUCUUAUCGCACCCUUCGGUGGGGGGAUUCAUGACGCACUGCGGUUGGAACUCGACGCUGGAGGCGGUGGCAGCCGGCGUGCCGAUGAUCACGUGGCCACACUUUUGGGACCAGUUCCUCAACGAGAAGCUGGUGGUGAAUGUGCUGGGGAUCGGCGUGGCGCUCAAGCCCAAUACCGAGGCCGUCUUCAUCUCUCAUCUCAGCCAUGGUUUGAUCGGCGGGGAGGAUGUGGAGAAGGCGGUGAAGGAGUUGAUGGACGGAGGGGAGGAAGGAGAAGAGAGGAGGAAGAGAGCGAGGGAACUGGGGGAGAAGGCCAGGAAGGCAAUGGAGGAAGGAGGUUCUUCGUACGAGGAGUCGAAUCUGAUGAUUCAACAUGUGCUCCAGCUCGGAGAGGAGCUCGAACAUGAAUGCGUGUAAUCAAAAAAGGUAAUUCGAAUUUUAAAAUAAAUUAAAUAAAUUGAUUUAAAUGUUAUUGAGUUCUUAGUUUGAGU